AUGCGGCUCAUUCCUGCAAGCCCCGCACUUCUCAAUACUAUUAUCUCGAUUGCAGCAUUACAUCAGGCGCGCCGUCAACUUGUUGAGCAUUCCUCCAAAUGUGAAGAUAUGUCACCAGAGCCAGGUAGCAGGGUGACCACACCAGGACAUUCAACAGCCAUAAUCGACGCCUUGAAACACAAACAACUUGCGCUCAAGAAUAUUCGAAAUGAGUUACUCAACACCGAUCCUGAAAACAUGGUUGGCACAAUAGCUUCAAUGCUACUAUUAGUCUGGCAAGACCUGAUGGAUUCCGGAACAGACUCCUGGAAACAUCACCUCGAUGCACUGAAAGGAAUCGUCCCAACAGGCCUUUUAUCUCCGAAAUCACCAAAGACAACCCCACAAAGUACCCCCUCUCUAACUCUUUAUAACAGCUUCGAGGUGACUUAUGCAGCGCACGACAUUCGUCCGAAACAAAGAUAUCUAUCAACCACUAUUCUCUACCACGCCGAUCCUACAAUGAUGCAACUAUGCGACGGCCAAUCAUGGGCCGGUUGUCCAGCCGAACUUCUCUACAUCAUCUUCCUCGUUAAUAACAUUUCCAGAUCCCAGUCCUCACCAGCUCAACUUGAGACACAUAUAAUCUCUCUUUAUGAAGAGUUCUCACCUAUGAAAUGGGCUAUUACCAACCAGGUCCCGCGGCUUAUGAAGCCGAGGUUUCAUCUCGCUAGUGCCUAUAAAGGGGCAGUUGGGAUUUACAUGUCCCAGGUGAUGAACGGGUUACAUGCGGGACUUUCCUUUGAAUCUCCGCCGAUAAACUCGUUAGAUACCGUAAUAUUCCACCUUCAGUCUAUAAUUCCUUCAGACGAUCAUUUCAAAAGUCUCGUCUGGCCAACAUUUGUUAUUGGUGCUGAAACGCAGCAGCAUUUCCAUCGAGCGGUUAUUGAUGAUGUAUUUGAGCAUCUUGAUUCGAUUUGGCGUUGCGAGAAUGUCCGGAAUGCAUCGAUCGUGCUUAGAUAUCUUUGGGAACAGAAUGAUAGACGAGGAUACACCGGAAACUGGAUUAAUGAACUUUACGGAUGGGGAAUGGAUUGGAUAUUUAUAUAA